AUGGAGACAGGGUCGUCGUCCACGGUGGCCGGAGGAGGACAACUCUCGGUGCCUCCCGGUUUUCGGUUUCAUCCAACGGAGGAGGAGCUUCUAUACUAUUACCUCAAGAAGAAGGUUUCUUAUGAACCAAUUGAUUUAGAUGUUAUUAGAGAAGUUGAUCUCAACAAGCUUGAACCUUGGGAACUUAAAGAGAAAUGCAGGAUCGGGUCGGGUCCUCAAAACGAGUGGUACUUCUUUAGUCACAAGGACAAGAAGUAUCCGACUGGGACCCGAACGAACCGGGCCACUGCAGCCGGGUUCUGGAAGGCUACUGGUAGAGACAAGUCCAUACAUCUCAACAGCUCCAAGAAGAUUGGACUUCGUAAGACUCUUGUCUUCUACACUGGUCGUGCUCCUCAUGGCAACAAAACUGAAUGGAUCAUGCAUGAAUAUCGCCUAGACGAUAACGAAAACGAAAUACAAGAAGAUGGGUGGGUUGUAUGCAGAGUGUUCAAGAAGAAGAAUCAUUUCAGAGGAUUUCACCAAGAACAAGAUCAAGAUCAUCAAUACAUAAGAACCAACAAUGAUCAUGAUCACUACCAUCAUCACCAUCACACUGAAUCCAACUCCAACAAUCAUUCUUCUUUGUUUCAACAUUCUCUGGAUCAUCAUCAAAUGGGAAGACAGGUCCACAUGCCACUACAUGAGUUUGCAAACACUUUAAGCCACGGGUCAAUGAACCUCCCUCAGCUCUUUAGCCCUGACUCGGCCCAACCGUUUGUGUCGUCAAUCAACACAACAGACAUUGAAUGCUCACAGAAUCUACUGAGGCUGACUUCUAACAACAACUAUGGUGGAGACUGGUCGUUUCUUGACAAGCUUCUCACCACAAACAACAUGAAUCAGCAACAGCAAGUGCAGAACCAUCAAGCAAAAUGUUUUGGUGACUCGGGUAACAACGAGCAGGCUGUUGUUACUCAUGACAAUGGUGGUUCUUCUUCAUCUCCAGAUAAUCAAAGGUUCCCAUUUCACUAUCUGGGGAACGAUGCUAAUCCUCUCAAGUUCCCAAAGUAG